AUGCUUAGUGUCUCGAUUCUAGCUGGAGGCGUCGCUGCUACGACAGUCCUCUGCAUUGGAUACGUGGUGUAUAACAUCUUCCUGCACCCGCUGCGUAACUUUCCUGGUCCGCUUCUCUGUCGGGCUUCGCCAUUGUACCGUCACUACAAGUUCUUGCGUGGAGAGCUUUUGUUCGAGACUGAACGUCUUCACAAGCAAUAUGGCCCUGUUGUGCGCAUCCGGCCUAACGAGCUGUCUUUCAUAGACCCAGAGGCAUGGAGAGACAUAUAUGUCGCUCAUGGAGGCUCAGCUCGGCUUGGCGAUUUCGCCAGAUAUGACAGAUUCUAUCAAUGGGCUGGCCCAAGCGCUCCAGAGACCUUUGUCUCGUUAGAUAGGCCGUAUCAUGAUUCUAUGAAGCGGCAGCUCUCGCCAGCCUUCUCAGAACGAUCGCUGCAGUUCCAGGAGCCCAUUAUCCAAGGAUAUACGGAUACACUCAUCCGCAAACUGACUGAGGCCUCCAAGGAUGGAAAGCCUGUCAAUCUGCGCGAAUGGUUUAACCACUACACUUUCGAUAUCAUCGGAAACCUUGGCUUUGGAUCCGACUUUGGGGGCCUUGAAUCUGAGCAAUACCAUCCUUGGGUCAAAGCAGUGAGCCAGAAUGUUAGAGAGUUUGCCAUUAUGCAGGUAUUGAUGUACCUGGGGCUUCAACGAAUUGUCCAUGUUUUGUCAGGCAGUUCCCUUCUGAGGGGAAAGAUACUGCACGAACACCUUACAAGGGAGAAGGUCGAGGCUCGCAUCAAGGUGGAAAAGCCAAGACUGGACAUCUUCCAACCCCUUCUUGACCGAAAGCCGCCUCUGAAACUGUCUGAGGAAGUUCGAUCAACCUUCAAGAACGAGGAGGAUAUCACAAUAGUGUCUGUCAACCAAUUGCCCUACCUCGCUGCCUGCUUGAAUGAGGCCCUACGAUGUUUUCCUGCAGUCCCGCCUGCGUUACCAAGAGUCGUCCCCCAUGGGGGCGCAGUCAUCGCUGGCCAUGCUGUGCCAGAGAAUACGGUUGUCGCUGUUGCUUCGUGGGCCACCAACCACUCUGAGCGACACUUCAAUAAGGCUCUCGAAUAUCAUCCUGAGCGUUUUAUGAAGGACCCCGAAUUCUCUGAAGACCGUUUUGAUACGUUCCAGCCCUUUGGUUUGGGGCACGGAAAUUGUCCUGGUCGCAAGUAA